AGGUGGCGGGGGGAGGGGGGGAGGCCGGAGGGGCGGAUCCUGCCUGGGGGCUGAUCCCUCCCUCCCCUCGGCCGGGCUCCGUGGCGGCAGCGGCGGCGGCGGCGGCGGUUCCAUUCCCCCUCCUCCCCCGGGAGCGGCGGCGGCCGGGCCGGGGCCCCAGCACGGGCCGGGAGGGGGCACGGCGGUGGCCACGGAGGCCAGCGCGGGAGGAGGCCGCGCUCCGCUCCCCGGGCCGCGCCGACCUGCUAGGCGGCCGGCCCGCCCGCGCCCAGGGGCCCCGAACGGUGGGGCCGGGCCGGCGGCUGAGGCCUGUCUCGUUGGUUCCCAGGUGCCAUGAGGAAGCCUCGCCGGAAGUCACGGCAGAAUGCCGAGGGCCGGCGCUCCCCAUCCCCCUAUAGUCUGAAGUGCUCACCCACCCGGGAGACCCUGACAUAUGCCCAGGCCCAGCGGAUCGUCGAGGUGGACAUUGAUGGACGUCUGCAUCGUAUUAGCAUCUAUGAUCCGCUCAAGAUCAUCACAGAGGAUGAGUUGACCGCCCAGGAUAUCACUGAAUGCAAUAGUAACAAGGAAAACAGUGAGCAGCCUCAGUUCCCUGUCAAAUCCAAAAAACCCUCAUCCAAGGGCAAAAAGAAGGAGUCCUGCUCCAAGCAUGCAUCCGGCACUUCCUUCCACCUCCCGCAACCCAGCUUCCGCAUGGUGGACUCAGGCAGUCAGCCAGAAGCACCCCCUCUGCCUGCUGCCUACUACCGCUACAUUGAGAAGCCGCCUGAAGACCUGGAUGCAGAAGUAGAGUACGACAUGGAUGAGGAAGACCUUGCCUGGCUGGACAUGGUAAAUGAGAAGCGGCGAGUAGAUGGGCACAGUUUGGUGUCGGCAGAUACCUUUGAGCUGCUGGUGGACCGGCUUGAGAAGGAGUCAUACUUGGAGAGUCGAAGCAGUGGGGCCCAACAGUCACUCAUUGACGAAGAUGCUUUCUGCUGCGUAUGCCUGGAUGACGAAUGCCACAACAGCAACGUCAUUCUCUUCUGUGACAUCUGCAACCUGGCUGUACACCAGGAGUGCUAUGGCGUCCCUUACAUCCCUGAGGGCCAGUGGCUAUGCCGCUGCUGCCUACAGUCUCCCUCCCGGCCUGUGGAUUGCGUCCUCUGCCCCAACAAGGGUGGCGCCUUCAAACAGACCAGCGAUGGGCACUGGGCCCACGUGGUGUGUGCCAUCUGGAUCCCUGAAGUCUGCUUUGCUAACACCGUGUUCCUGGAGCCUAUUGAGGGCAUCGACAACAUCCCACCUGCCCGCUGGAAACUAACCUGCUAUAUCUGCAAGCAGAAGGGGCUGGGUGCAGCCAUCCAGUGCCAUAAGGUGAACUGCUACACGGCCUUCCAUGUGACGUGUGCACAGCGGGCUGGGCUCUUCAUGAAGAUUGAGCCUAUGCGUGAGACCAGCCUCAAUGGCACCAUCUUCACGGUGCGCAAGACCGCCUACUGUGAGGCCCACUCGCCGCCAGGUGCUGCCACUGCUAGGAGGAAGGGCGACUCCCCAGGAAGUCUCAGUGAGGCUGGGGACGAAGAAGGGCUGAAGGAGGGCUGUGGGGAGGAAGAAGAGAAGGAAGAGGUAGAAGAGGAGGAGGAAGAUGAAGGCCAAGGUGGGGUAGGCGGCCCCCUCAAGGGAGUGUCCAAGAAGAACAAGAUGACUUUGAAGCAAAGGAUCAAGAAGGAGCCAGAGGAAGUGGGCCGAGACACACCCUCCACUGUCCCCAUGGUCACUGUCCCACAGAUACCCUCUUACAGGUUGAACAAGAUCUGUAGUGGUCUCUCCUUUCAGAGGAAAAACCAGUUCAUGCAGCGGCUUCACAACUACUGGCUGUUGAAGCGGCAGGCACGGAACGGUGUCCCCCUCAUCCGGCGCCUGCACUCCCACCUGCAGUCCCAAAGGAAUGCUGAGCAGCGGGAGCAGGACGAGAAGACAAAUGCAGUGAAGGAAGAGCUGAAAUACUGGCAGAAGCUCCGGCAUGACUUGGAGCGGGCACGGCUGCUAAUUGAGCUGAUUCGGAAAAGAGAAAAGCUCAAGCGGGAGCAGGUCAAGGUCCAGCAGGCCGCCAUGGAGCUGGAGCUUAUGCCAUUCAACGUUCUGCUGAGGACAACACUGGACUUGCUGCAGGAGAAGGAUCCCGCACACAUCUUUGCCGAGCCCGUCAACCUGAGUGAGGUUCCAGAUUACCUGGAAUUCAUAUCCAAGCCAAUGGAUUUUUCUACUAUGAGGCGGAAGCUGGAGUCCCACCUGUACCGCACCUUGGAGGAGUUUGAGGAGGACUUUAACCUUAUAGUUACCAACUGCAUGAAGUAUAAUGCUAAAGACACAAUUUUCCACCGAGCAGCUGUCCGCCUGCGGGACCUGGGAGGGGCCAUCCUGCGGCACGCCCGGCGGCAGGCAGAGAACAUCGGCUAUGACCCCAAGAGGGGCACCCACCUGCCCGAGUCACCCAAAUUGGAGGACUUUUACCGCUUCUCCUGGGAAGACGUGGACAACAUCCUCAUCCCAGAGAACCGGGCCCACUUGUCCCCAGAGGUGCAGCUGAAGGAGCUGCUGGAAAAACUGGACCUGGUGAGUGCCAUGCGGUCCAGUGGGGCCCGGACCCGCCGUGUCCGCCUGCUACGCCGGGAGAUCAAUGCCCUUCGGCAGAAGCUGGCACAGCCGCCACCACCACAGCUGGCAUCACUAAACAAGACUGUGUCCAAUGGGGAGCUGCCAGCAGGGCCCCGGGGGGAUGUGGCUGUGCUGGAGCAGGCCCCGCAGGAGGAGCCAGAAGACGAUGGGGACAGAGAUGACUCCAAAAUGCCUCCCCCACCAACCCUGGAGCCUACUGGGCCUGCGCCUUCCUUGUCUGAGCAAGAAUCCCCUCCGGAUCCCCCAACUCUGAAACCCAUCAAUGAUAGCAAACCUCCAAGCCAAUUCCCAAAGCCAAGAAAAGUGGAAGAAGAUGAGCUUUUGGAAAAAUCACCUCUGCAGCUAGGGAGCGAGCCCUUGCAACGCCUGCUCAGUGACAAUGGCAUCAAUAGAGUGUCCCUCAUGACCCCCGAUACAUCCCCCGCUGGCGCCCCACUCAGUGGCGUGGGCCGUCGCACAUCAGUCCUCUUCAAGAAGGCCAAGAAUGGGGUUAAGCUACAGAGGAGCCCAGACAGGGCCCUGGAGAACGGCGAGGACCAUGGCGCAGUGGGCUCUCCUGCGUCUCCCACCAGCAUCGAGGAUGAACAGCACUCCCGGAAGCGGCCGAGGAGCAGGAGCUGUAGUGAGAGCGAAGGGGAGAGGUCCCCCCAGCAGGAGGAAGAGACAGGUGUGACCAACGGCUUUGGAAAACACACUGAAAGCGGGUCUGACUCAGAAUGUAGUUUGGGUCUCAGUGGUGGACUGGCAUUUGAAGCUUGCAGUGGUCUGACACCCCCCAAACGCAGCCGAGGGAAGCCAGCCCUGUCUCGAGUGCCCUUCCUGGAAGGUGUGAACGGAGACUCUGACUACAACGGCUCAGGCAGAAGCCUCCUGAUGCCCUUUGAAGACCGUGGAGACCUGGAGCCCCUGGAGCUGGUGUGGGCCAAGUGCCGAGGUUAUCCCUCCUACCCUGCCUUGAUCAUCGAUCCCAAGAUGCCCCGGGAGGGCCUUCUGCACAAUGGCGUCCCCAUCCCCGUCCCCCCACUGGAUGUUCUGAAGCUGGGAGAGCAGAAACAGGCCGAGGCUGGAGAGAAGCUCUUCCUUGUCCUCUUCUUUGACAACAAACGCACCUGGCAGUGGCUUCCGAGGGACAAAGUCCUGCCCCUGGGUGUGGAAGACACUGUGGACAAGCUCAAGAUGCUGGAAGGCCGCAAGACCAGCAUCCGCAAGUCAGUGCAGGUGGCCUACGACCGUGCGAUGAUCCACCUGAGCCGAGUGCGGGGACCCCACUCCUUUGUCACCUCCAGCUACCUGUAAGGGCAGGGCCUGGCCUGCAUCUGCCUGCCCUGCCUCCGUCCUGUGGGGCACAGAGAAGCCUCUUCCUGCCCCAGCCAGACGUAUGGCUGGCAGCUUGCCCCUUCCAUGGCAGGCCAGGGACUGGGCUGUAUCCUCCCCAAGGACAAGGCCCCAGU